AUGGCCAUGGCAGAUGGCCGAUACGGAGACAUUGAUUCUAUUUUCGACUCUCGCGAUGGAGACACAAGGUUGGUUUGUUUCGAGGGAAAGAAAUCAGCCAGUAGGGAAAAAGCCAAAGCCCCAGUCGAGUGUCGGCACCACCUUCCGACUACAUCGGUGACUGCUGCUUCAGCGGUCGCGGGUUCGCUGCUCGGGGUCUGCAUGGUGGUUCCUGGCAACGGACACCAUUUCCAAUUCAAGCCUAGGCGUAGAGAGCUCCCCAAAGUUGGGAAGUCGAGGUCGAGCGAACGGUGGGGUUUCAGGGUGAGACGAGGCCAAAAUAGGGUUUGGCUCGAAACAGUGGGUCCUCAUUGGAUGGGCUAUUCUUAG